AUGGAUAACACAGACUAUGCCCUCAGGUCAGAGACUGUCAUUGGAAAUUCCGCGCUAGUUGAUAAGCCGUCAGUCUCUCAUGAUGAAGCCAUAUUCAGGGCCUCGUUGACCGAGGAGGAGAAGGUCAUCGAGCGCAAACUGCGCACUCGCAUUGACUCAUUGAUUAUGCCCCUUGUGGUCCUGGUGUACUUGUUGAAUUAUAUCGAUCGCAACAAUUAUGCCGCAGCAAAGCUUCAAGGCCUCACAGAGGACCUUCAUCUCACAGGUACACAAUACCAAACUGGCCUAUCAGUUCUCUUCGUAGCCUAUAUCCUGAUGCAGGUCCCGAGUAAUUUGCUUCUCAACUACAUGGGUCGACCAUCUCUCUACUUGGGAUUCUUCGUUGUUGCAUGGGGUCUCGUGUCAGCCCUGACGAGUCAGGUCAAGAACUUUGGUGGUAUUGUGGCUUGUCGCUUCCUGUUGGGAUUGGUCGAGGCGCCGUUCUUCGCAGGUGUACUUUUUUACCUAUCCAAAUGGUAUACGAAGAAUGAACUGGCUUUCCGAAUGAGUAUUUUCUACUCUGGAUCGCUCGUCAGUGGCGCCUUUGGAAACCUCAUUGCAGCUGGAAUCCUCCACGGCCUGAAGGGAAAACGUGGGAUGUCGGCAUGGCAAUGGCUAUACAUCAUCGAGGGUUCAAUUACCGUCUGCGUCGGCAUCUUGAUCGUCUGUCUCCUCCCCGAUUUCCCAGAGACCUGGAAACUGCUGUCACCCGAGAUGCGUCGGGUAGCUGAAAGGCGCCUUGCGAUCGAGGCAGCCGAAGCAGAUGUGGACGAAGAAGGUGGAAUUAGCCAGCUAAAAGGCCUGAAGAUGGCGAUGACCGAUAUCAAAACCUACGUCCUAGCUCUUGCUUACAUGUGCAUCACCGGAGCAGCCGGCUUCCAGAACUUCUUCCCAACUCUGGUAAAGACCCUCGGUUACAACGACACCAUCUCACUACUGCUAGUGGCACCACCAUAUGUCUUCAUGGUCUUCUACAGUCUCUCUCACUCCUGGAUCUCAGACAAGUUGCAAGUUCGAUUCUGGUUCUUCGUUUACCCAAUAGUAAUCACCAUUGUGGGCUUCGUCAUCUUCAUGACCGUCGGCAGUUUUGGCCCCCGCUACUUCUCCAUGUUCUUGAUGGUCUUUGUAUUCGCCCAGAACGGCACCCUCUUCUCUUGGAUCGCCAAUGCUAUUCCCCGCCCCCCUGCCAAACGCGCUGCGGCCUAUGCAUUUAUCAACUCGAUUGGUAACUCAGCUAGUAUCUGGACACCGUACACCUACUUUGCUAACGAGGCUCCGUACUAUCGAACUGCAUUGGGUAUUUGCAUUGCUCUGCAGGCAAUUGGAGGAAUGUGUGCGUUGUUCAUGUAUCUUAAUCUUCGAAUGCUCAACAAGCGACAGGAGCUCUUGGAGAACGAGGACCAUCAGCUUACUGACAAGGAGCUUCGUCGGCUGCAGGUCACUGCGGACUUUGAGGGAAUUGACCUUGCGUCUGCGAGGCAGUUGCAAAAGGGAUUCCGGUAUAUGCUAUGA